AGACCCUCUCAGCAACAGCGAACUUCAAUUCAAAAGGAAGUUGAAGCGCCCCCUUUAAUGCAAUGCCUAUCCACACUCAGCACAACAGAGAAUAGUUUACUUGACAGCAAACUGAAAAGAAGGUACGCUUUAGAAUGGGAAUACCUGGCCACUGUGCUGGACAGACUGCUACUUAUCGUAUUUUCAUUAGUGGUCUUUCUCGUCACAUUCUUAAUGAUUCUAGUUGGAGAAGCAAUGCACCUCUCAUAUCAACUCUCAUCUGAACCAGUCCUAUCUAUUACUCCUUAG